AUGCCGACCCAAACAAUCGGCGCCCAGCACGCUCAGGAACUACAGGAGAUUGCCGAUUCAAUAUGUCGUUCUUGUCAGGUUCUAAUGGUCACUGGUGCUGGUAUCAGCACUAACAGCGGUAUUCCUGAUUUCCGUUCCGCCGACGGAUUGUACAAUCUUGUGAAAAGACGCUACCCUGAACAAACUGCUCUCCUCAAGGGAAAAGAUCUAUUUGAUGCGAUCUCAUUUACUAAUCCCAUCACGACUGCUAUUCUAUAUAGCUUCUUGGCAGAACUUCGACAGAAUGUGAAGGGGAUAACCGAUAGUACACCAACACAUAAAUUUAUCAAAACUCUCUCAGAGACUGGCCGACUAUUGCGAUGUUACACACAAAAUAUCGAUGGACUUGAGGCAUUGGAUGGACUCUGUAUGGAUAUUUCGAGGGGUGCGGGUAAACGGGGCAAAGGGAAAGAAAAGGUUGGGCGUGAGGCUGGGUGUGAGGUCGUGCAACUCCAUGGCGAUCUGGAGUUACUCCGGUGUACACAGUGUGCCAAACUACACAAUUAUGAUGAGGAGAAGGUUGAGACGCUGCUUGGUGGUGAGGCACCCGAGUGCCCGGACUGUUCGAGAAAAGCGGAUGACAGACUUGCGGCAGGAAAGAGAUCGAUCAACGUUGGGACUCUGCGACCGAAUAUCGUUCUGUACGACGAACUACACCCCCAAGGGGAGGCCAUCGGACAAAUCACUCACUACGAUGCCACACGGAUGGCACCAGACCUAUUGCUGAUAUUCGGAACAUCUCUUAAAGUUAUCGGGUUAAAGAGGAUCGUCAAGGCUUUCGCUUCCAAAGUAAAAACCCGUGGUGGAAAAGUUGUAUAUAUCAAUGCAACGCCGGCAGCAGAUAGCAUUUGGGGUGAUACAAUUGAUUACCACAUUCAAAUGGACUGUGACGCUUGGAUCAAGGAUCUCAAGCUCCGCCGGAAAGAAAUUUGGCUACACCAGUCACUCCUAGAUAAGGAGUGGAGGAAGACCAAACUCGCAUCGCUGACAAAGAGCAAAACUACAACUGGUUAUGAGUCGGAUAAGGAAAACUCAGGAAAGUUACGAGGCCAACCUCUUGUACGGCGAAAGUCCCUGUCUUCUCUUCCAUCAAAGAAGAAAUCUGGGAACGGGAAGGAGAAGCAAUUGCCUACUCCCACGAAUACCCCAAGGAAAAGGAAGCCCAGCUCUGCUCCGAACACCCCAACCCUUUCGGCAUCGAAAAGGGCAUACAAUGCGGCAUUCCCAACUGGGACUUCGCCAUUGACAUCUCUUGGGACAACGCCGGGUGGAUCCCAUCUCAGUACACCAAGCAAACGAAUCCGGCUCUCGAGCACCCCUCUUCCUCCAAUGAACGCCACGACUACCCCACAUCAUCACCGUAUCCAGAAUCUUCGUACGCCCCAACGGGCCUCCCCAGGAGCCCGGAGUUGGGUUACAAUGUCAGACGACUCAUCCAUGGACCCGUUUUCUACCCCAACUCAACGCCUUAAUCUUAAUACACCUGACCGUCCGAUCCCAGAUUCACCGCUUCUUACAGAACAUGACGUGGAACCUAAAACGCCAAGUCGAGAGGUACCUCGAUUUUUCUUGGACUACAUUGCUGUGCCUUCUUUAUUCGAUGCCCCCCCUUCUUCCCCCCCUCAAAAGCUACAAGAGGAAGAGCCCUGUGCGGAUAAAAAUCCAUCAACUCCUCGCCGCCCAACACUUAGCGAAGUUUCCAGCCUAACAAAUAGCAUAAGGACAAAUACCUCGCAGGUAACUAAUCGCCAUGGACCUCUUGUCGAUCAAGUAGACCUAGACGACGCACCAAGCCCCACGCCCACGCCCACACGCCAACGCCUCCACAUCUCAAAACAGCUUUUGAGUGGAUACAACCUACCUCACUCCCAACAACAGAUACCCACACCCCCUGACUCGCAAGUCCCUUCUGAUUUAGACCAAAGUAGCUCAAAUCUGAGCGAAAGCAUUACCGAGAAUUAUGAAGAUGAUGUCAAGUAUCGCCCUAGGGUUCGGAGUUCGAAGAGGCGGAUUUUUGUAGACGACGCCGAGACAGAAAUUGAGAGGCCAGCAAGCGAGGCAGCCCAAAGUAUCCAAACUGAAGUCACCGAGGUAGACGAGCAACUGGAGAGGGAGGCAGACAUGGCAAUGAAGAGCUUAGUAGAGGCUGGCUCUAGCACUCGACAAGACAGAACCUACUAUAAUGAGGAGGAUGAAGAAAUCGAGGACGUGGAUUUGGUGCCCUCCCGCAAGCUACCUACGGCGCUAGGACCAGCUGUAGUCGCUGGAACAAACAGCAAUACUACCGCAAACCCCGCCCAACCUGCCCUCGAGAAUCUACCUUUUUCAGACUCGCCAAGUAUCCUUCCCCUGACACCCGACGCAACAACAAAAUCUAGAAGGAAAACAAUUAGUCCCGCCAUUUUAGGGACAAUAGAACGAAGAAGGACGAGAGGAUUAGAGAAAGACGAGGCCAUCUUGAAGGCUCUAAGCAAGCCGGGGACCGUCACAAGAAAGGAAGCAGAAAGAAGGAAAAGCCUCAAGGCGGAAUUUAAGGGGGUUGUGCAAGUCUGA